AUGACCACCCUAACCUCAAUCUACCCACCUGGCGCUCCUCCUCCAGCUGCCCCAUAUUCCCCAGCUGUCAAAGCCGGAAACAUGAUUUUCGUCUCUGGACAGAUUCCAAUCAACUCAAAGGGUGAGAUUCUUGAGGGAACAAUUGGUGAAAAGACAGAAUUGAUCUUGGACAAUAUUCAAUUGAUCUUAAAAGGUGCAAAUUCAGACUUGACCAAAAUUGCCAAAGUCAACAUCUUCUUGACUGAUAUGGCCUUUUUCAGUGAGAUUAAUAAAGUCUACGUAACUUAUUUCACUGAUUUCAAGCCAGCAAGAUCCUGUGUUGCUGUCAAGGAAUUGCCCUUAGGUGUCGAUAUUGAAAUUGAAUGUAUUGCUUUCGAAUAG